AUGUUACCAGCAAUCAAUCACUUCAAUGUCAUAGCUGUACUGGUGUUCUGCCAAUUGCUAGCAGAAGCAGACGUUCUACAGUGUGGAAGCCAAUAUUCUAUCUUUGGCAUGAUGCUACGGGGGCACACAUUCAAGAGGUUAAAUGCAUCCAUCUCAUUUGAGUGCAAUGAAGCGUGCAACAACGAUUUCAGAUGUCAUAGCUUUCAUUUCGUCAUCAAAAAGAAUAUGUGUGAGUUAAACAAUCGUACCAAAGAGGCUAGGCCUGAGGACUUCAUCCCUGACUGGCACAGAUACUAUUUUAGACGAAACAGCGGACUGGUCCCUCUUGGUUCUAUCCCUGAACUGCCCGCUGAAACAUGUAAAGAAAUCAAGGCCAGUGAAGGAGGACAUGCAGUUAGCGGCAAAUACUGGUUCGAUUCUAUUUUAGCUGGAGAAGUUGUCUUUGCUCACUGUGACAUGGAGACAGGAGAUAUUAACGAGUGUAACGCUUCCGUUCCUGUCUGUGUCGCCAAUGCUACCUGUCAGAAUACAGAGGGCUCUUACGUCUGUUCUUGUGAAGUCGGAUUUGCCGGGAAAUAUUGUACUGAUAUCGAUGAGUGCCGUGGUGCAGUUGAGGCUUGCGACGCCAAUGCCAAUUGUCAAAAUACUUGGGGCUCUUACUCUUGUUCCUGUAAAGCUGGAUUUACUGGUGAUGGGAAAUCAUGCUCUGAUGUGGACGAGUGCAGUGUUGUUGUUGGGGCCUGUGACACCAAUGCCAAUUGUCAGAAUACAGAGGGAUCUUAUGGUUGUGCCUGUAUGGCAGGAUUUACAGGAGAUGGAAAAACGUGUACAGGAAACUCUAAAGACAUCAACGAGUGCAAUGAUAGUCUCAUCUGUGACGUCAAUGCCAACUGUCAGAAUACCCCAGGGUCUCACAGUUGCUCCUGCAAACAGGGAUUUUAUGGAGACGGUCAAACUUGUGCACUCAACAAAGAUAUCGAUGAGUGCCGUGGUUCAGUUGAGGCUUGCGACGCCAAUGCCAAUUGUCAAAAUACUUGGGGCUCUUACUCUUGUUCCUGUAAAGCUGGAUUUACUGGUGAUGGGAAAUCAUGCUCUGAUGUGGACGAGUGCAGUGUUAUUGUUGGGGCCUGUGACGCCAAUGCCAACUGUCAGAAUACAGAGGGAUCUUAUGGUUGUACCUGUAUGGCAGGAUUUACAGCAGAUGGAGAAACGUGUACAGAUUCAUUAAUUAAUCUAUCGGUUCCGGUUUGCUUUGCUUCUGGUCGUGUAGACAUCGACGAGUGCAGUGGUAGUCUAAUCUGUGACGUCAAUGCUAACUGCCAGAAUACCCCAGGGUCUCACAGUUGCUCCUGCAAACAGGGAUUUUAUGGAGACGGUAAAAACUGUACACUCAACAAAGGUAUGCAUUUAGUCACAGAUGUUCUCCCUAAAGCCCUGGCCAAACGGACUUGCAAGAGGCAAUUUGAAUACUCGGUUCUACUUGCGACUCCGUUUGGCCUGGCCUUGCGUGCACUACCGUUGACUUACGCUCACUUUGGUCGAGAUCAAAUUUGCACGCAAGUUGAUGGAAGUUUUUUAAUGUUUGGCCACCCAAUCCAAAUCAACUCAAGUUGACGUCCAUUCGUUGUUUUAGCAAUCAAUUAGCGAAAGAAAUGCAGGAUAUCGGCCGCGCGGGACUAAGACCGUAGAGGAAACAUACUAGGAAACUUACGCCGCCCCCGUUUGGCCGCCCAAUGCAAGUCUCUGCAUAAGUUCAACUUUCGUUUAUUUACCUAUCAAUGGAACGCCAGAUAGCGUUACUGAGCUUUACUGGUGUAGCAAGAGCGCUACGCUAUGCCAACAAACAAGCUUUGUAGCGUUGCUAUUGCUUUUUGUCAUGUUAAUAGACGUGUUCUCUGCGUUACUGGAUUGUACG